AUGGAUCACGCUCCCGCCGAUCAAGAGCACAUCGCCAAUGCCACGCUCGGCCAGGGCGCCGGCUAUGGUGUCGUGCUGGGCCUGGGAGGUGCCUUUGCCAUUGGCAUGAUCGCCACAACCUUCAUCCUGAAGAGGUACAACAGGGAACUUCAGACAUCUGAAAUGUUCAACACAGCUGGCCGUACUGUCAAGUCCGGUCUCGUCGCCGCUGCCGUCGUCUCUUCGUGGACUUGGGCCGCUACCCUUCUUCAGUCCACCGGUGUUUGUUAUCGCUAUGGUGUCUCGGGUCCCUUUUGGUAUGCCUCGGGCGCUACUGUCCAGAUCAUUCUCUUCGCUACUCUCGCCAUCGAACUCAAACGCCGCGCCCCCAACGCACACACCUAUCUCGAGGUCAUCAAGGCCCGAUACGGAACUGUGGCACACUUGGUAUUCAUGGUCUUUGGCGUGAUAACCAACAUUUUGGUCUCGCUCAUGCUGAUUGUCGGUGGCUCAGCCACCCUCAACGCCUUGACCGGGAUGCACACCAUUGCUGCCAUUUACCUCCUGCCACUCGGUGUCAUUGCCUACACCAUGGUUGGUGGGUUGAAGGCUACCAUCUUGACUGAUUGGGCACACACCUUCAUCUUGCUGCUCAUCAUCAUCAUCUUUGCCCUGACAGCCUAUGCCUCUCACGACUUGCUGGGCUCUCCCAGCGCUGUCUACGACCUGCUUGUCGAGGCUGCCACCCGUCACCCGGUUGACGGCAACAAGGAGGGCAGCUACUUGACCAUGCAGUCCAGGGAGGGCGCCAUCUUCUUCGUCAUCAACAUUGUUGGCAACUUCGGCACCGUCUUCCUUGACAACGGCUACUAUAACAAGGCUAUUGCUGCCUCGCCCGUGCACGCACUUCCCGGCUACAUCAUUGGCGGUAUCUGCUGGUUCGCUAUUCCCUGGCUCACUGCCACCACCAUGGGUCUCGCCGGUCUUGCCCUCGAGAACAACCCUCGCUUCCCCACCUAUCCUGACCGCAUGCUCGACUCCGAUGUGAGCGCCGGCCUAGUCCUCCCCUACGCCGCGGUUGCCCUUCUCGGCAAGGGCGGUGCCAUGGCUACUCUGCUCAUCGUCUUCAUGGCUGUCACCAGCGCCUUUUCCAGUCAGCUGAUUGCCGUGAGCACCAUCUGCACCUACGAUCUGUACCGCGCCUACUUCAAGCCCGAGGCCAGCGGCAAGAGACUGAUCUACAUGAGUCAUUGCGUCGUCGUUGGCUAUGGUUUGUUCAUCUCCACUUUUUCGGUUGGUUUGUGGUAUGCCGGCAUCUCCAUGGGUUAUCUCUAUGUCAUGAUGGGAGUCAUCAUCUCGUCAGCCGUCCUGCCCGCAACACUGGCCCUGCUCUGGUCUGGCCAGAACAAGUGGGCUGCCGCCGGCGCUCCCGUCCUCGGCCUUGCCACCUCGCUCACUGCCUGGCUCGUCACCUCCAAGAAGCAGUGCGGCGAGCUCACAGUCCAGUGCACUGGCUCCAACAUCCCCAUGUUGGCUGGCAAUGUCGCCGCUCUGCUUUCCCCCGUCGUCUUCAUCGCCAUUCUCACCGCCAUCUUUGGCGUUGACAAGUACGACUGGAAGUCCAUGUUGGAGAUCCGCAGGGGUGAUGAUCACGAUCUCGCCCAAGAGGCUGGUGUCGACCUUGAGGAUGUUAACGGCGGCCACGAGGAGACCCAGGCCGAGUUUGAGGCUGAGCAGUCCAAACUUCUCAAGGCUGGCAAGAUCAGUAGAUGGACCACCGUCAUUUUGGCCCUUGCCUUCUUGGUUCUCUGGCCCAUGCCCAUGUACGGUAGCGGAUACAUUUUCAGCAAGCCCUUCUUCACCGGUUGGGUCACGAUUGGCAUCAUCUGGAUUUUCGGCUCCUUCAUUGGUGUCGGCUUGUUCCCUGUCUGGGAAAGCCGGGCCACCCUCACCAGGACAUGCAAGUACAUCUGGAAGGAUUUGACCGGAAAGAGCCACAUCAAGACCAUUCACGCCCAGGAGGCUGCUGUUGUUGGGACCCCUGGUGAUCAGACACCACCGGAAAAGGCCGGGCUCAAGGAGGAGGUCAGAUCCUCAUAA